CCCCGCCCGGCGUGGGCAGCGAGGCCCCCGUACGGCUAGUGCGGCGGAGUCUUGGUUCGCACCCACGCAGCGGGUUAAACGCAACAGCAUCGUCGGUGCUUUUCAGCUCGUGUUCUCCCGAAACAAGCUCCCCGAGGAAGAGCAGAGCUUGCGGGGUGGGGACAUGCGGAAGACGGCUUCUGUUGCAAAAGGAAACUGUAGCUGCUGUCUUUUGUUGCAUUGGACAUUUCCACAGUGCCCGCUAACUCUGGGCAGUCAUGAUCGUUCUUUUCUAUAUGCAAACCUUGGGGACAACAUUCUGCGAGCUGUUUUUCAGUGACGCCCGCUGUGGGACCCAUAGGAAGGGCUGAAGAACCACAGCCUUCUGCAUGAAAAAUUAGCUGGAGGAUAUGCAUUUAGUCUCCACUGACCAGGCAACAGCAUGACCCUUUAUCUGGGUCAUGUUUUUGCAUAUCUGUUGCUUUUACACUACAGGGAAUACUACUAAGUGUAUUCUGCAGAGCAGUACAUAAAAAUAUAUUAUUCAUAAUUCCAACAUUCAAGAGAUUGUUUGUUGUUUAGAGAUCUUCAGGGAGAUAUUUUAAGCAUCUUGUUGCGAGAAAGCAACAUUUGUAGGGCUAACUCAAUCCAGUUUUGCAAGUGUAUAUGCCUAUGCUUAAUUUUACAGGCCAGUUAAGUGUAAGCAUAAGGGUUUGCAGCACUAGGGCUGUUCUAUAUUGUUGAAAUUGAACAGUAACUUUGGUUUUUUUUAAAUGAAUGUAUUCCUUAAUGAACUUGUAGGUAAGAUUAAUUUUAGGGGGAAUUUUUGGAUCUAACAUUUUAAAAUGUACAAAGAUGCCAGAUUAUAACUUAAAAAAUGAAGUUCUGAGAGCCCUAUUUUACAAAACUAACUAGUUCAAGUUUCUGUUUUCAUAGGAAAAAACAAGAAUGUCACAAAAACAGCUGAAAGAAGCCUUUAUCAGCAACUUAAAUGGAACUACUUUGCUUGAAAUUUCACUAGGCUUGUCUCUACCUCCGUUAUGUCUGCUUUGCAGAGGACUCUUGUUGAUCUUAUAUUUUCUGCACUAUGGGAAACCUUUAAGUUCAAGGAAAUACAAUCUGCUGCUAGACUUCGUUGUGCUAAUAUCUCCUCUGCUAUUAUCCUGUACAGUCUUGUCUCCAGUCAUGUUUUUAUUGCCACCUGUCAUUGCAGCUCUCUGUGCAGCAAUAUUUUCUAAAAUAUAUAGCCAAAGAAAACAUGAUACUGGAGUGUCUUUUAGGCAAAUUGUAAAUGACUUCCAGAAGACAUACUUAGAUCCAGAAUAUGUUCCAUCAAUUACUGUGUUUCGUGUUUAUAUCAAUCUGUUGACAUCAAUCGGCAUACUAGCAGUAGAUUUCCCGCAGUAUCCGAGACGAUAUGCCAAAACUGAGACCUAUGGAACAGGAGUUAUGGAUUUGGGGGUAGGAGCUUUUAUUUUUGGUAAUGCUCUUGUUUGUCCUGAAGUUAGACAAAAGUCAUGUGCAACACAGCUAAAAUUUUCCCAUCUGACCAGGCAGUUUUUUUCUGUUUGGCCGUUGAUUUUUCUUGGUGUGGGACGACUGUUUACUGUUAAAUCUAUAGAGUAUCAUGAACAUAUUUCAGAGUACGGCGUGCACUGGAAUUUCUUUUUUACCUUGGCAGUUGUGAGGCUUGCAGCAUCUCUACUGUUGACCCUAUUUCCAAAAAAUAAAUCUUGGAUUGUUGCUAUGAAUCUCGCUGUAUUUUAUCAGCUUAUUCUUAAUGUUACCUCUCUGAAGAUGUUUGUCUUAUAUGGGAGCAAUGGCAAAGAUACUAGGGUUGGAUUUUUAAAUGCCAACAGGGAAGGACUGUUCUCUCUUUUUGGAUACCUAGCCAUAUACAUGGCUAGCGUGCAAGUUGGACUCUAUCUGCUGAAGAGCAGAAAUUUUGUCAAAGACUGGAUCAAAGCAAUAUGUGUCCUAAUUCUGAUGGUUCUUGUGCUCUUUGUAUUUCUUCAUUUGUCACAAGUACACGUAGACCCUGUGUCCCGCCGGAUGGCUAAUCUGUCGUACUGCCUAUGGGUAGUUGCUCACUGCCUGACUUUCUUCAUCUGGUUUGUAGUAAUUGAUCUCGUGUUGCUGUUUACAAAGCUUCUGGUGAACGGGUCCAGAGUACCCUCUAGUUGGAAUGUUAUACAGCCCCCUCGUUCCAGUAAAAAGCAUGACACAGAGGCCAUGCCUAUCGGAAGGGAAAGCAAGCUGCUGCACGUUUGCCUGAUCACUGCUAUUGAUAAAAACCAGUUACUGUUUUUCUUGCUAGCAAAUAUUAUGACUGGUAUUGUAAAUAUCAUGAUAGAUACAAUUCACAGCAAGACUCCAUUUACAUUAUGUAUACUACACUUGUAUAUGUUUUUAAACUGUUUAAUUAUGUACAUACUGCAUGCAAAAAAUAUAGUAUUAAAAUUUUGGUGAUUUCAGUUGUCUUAAGUGGACCAGUUAAACUCUGCUGCACUUGAAUGAGGGUGUUUUAAUGGAAAAAUAAGUAUUUUUUCCUGUAUGUAUUGCUGUGUAGAUGCAAUAAUGUAUAACAGUGUAGAUUAUGAUUUAGCAUUAUGAUGAUUUAUGUUUUAGAAAAUUACACAAUCGAUCCUGUUA